ACCUAUCCUAACCUGUGUCCACACCGCUGCAUUUUUUACGUCAUUUGAAUGAGUUUGUGGAACAUGUGUCAGGAUCAUCAACUCUGCAUCCUGUACAUAAUAUUUAUUAGUUGUUUUUUUUUAAUGUCUGAAUAAUAUUAUUCGUAAACGUUAGAAUCAUUUUUAUUGUAGAAUCCAAGUAAUAUGUUUUCCAUCACUCUGGCAUACAUUGAUAGCUACCAAGCAUCACCAAUACCCGAGCUUGACGUGACAUUCUCUGAAUUUCGUGGAUCAGAGAUAAAAAAGGUGCCGAUAAUUAGAAUAUUUGGAUCAACUGCUGGCGGUAAGAAGACAUGUUUGCAUAUUCACGGUGUCUUUCCAUAUAUGUAUGUGCCAUGUACUGUUCAGGAGAAUACAGAUAGCUAUGCCUAUCAAUUAGCUGCAUCAAUUGACUCUGCUUUGAAUACAUCUUUUGGCUCUACGUCAUCUACAAAUCAACAUGUGUAUAAAAUCCAACGUGUGUCAGGAAUACCUUUCUAUGGCUAUCACAAAAAAGAACAUUUGUUUUUUAAGAUAUAUUUUUAUAAUCCAGCCAUAAUUAAAAGGACAAUGGAUUUGUUACAAAAUGGUGCUAUUCUUAAUCAAAAUUUACAGCCAUAUGAAGCGCACAUUCCAUAUAUUCAACAAUUCAUGAUAGAUUACAAUCUCUAUGGCAUGAAUUUAAUAAAUUUAAAUAGUAUAAAAUACAGACACUCUUUGCAAGUAUGUACAACGGAAGAUAAUCAAAACAAAUCUUCAAUGGAUUCGCCGGAUUCACAAACGUAUCUUUCAACAUCUGUAACAAGACAAAGUAUGUGUGAGCUAGAAGUGGAUGCACAUGCUGCAGAGAUUCUGAACAGACAGAGUGUCACGAAAAAAUUGGAGCUGAAUCCUGGUCUUGCGGCAAUCUGGAAUGAGGAGAAAGCAAGGCGAGCCGAAGCUGGUUUGGAAAAUGCAAAAUCGCAAUUAUUAUACCCAAAGACUCCCAGUAAAAUUGUUCUCCCUCCAACGAGCAGUGAUAUUUAUCAAGAGGCCCAAUUGUUGAAAAGAUUGAACACUAUAUCACAGAUCACUGAGACGAUUUCUUCAGAUACGACUGUAUCAUCAUAUCCCAUCGAAGUAGAAGAUAACGAAGAAGUUUUAAAUGCAUCUCACAUUCUGAAUCAUAGUGAAUCUCUUCCAAUCGUUGAAAGGACAAUUUCUGAUAAUUAUAAGUUAUUGCAAUUAGCCUCAUCAGCAUUUUUAGAUCUGGCUCGGAGUCAGAGUAAUGUAACGGAUACUAGUAGUAUUUUGGAUGAAAAUGACAUACAAUUGGUGGAAAUGCUGGCUGAUUUAGCGGAGGAAAAUGAAGUCAGGAGUAAUGUAGACGAAGACAGCGUUCUCGGAUCUCAAUAUUCUACAUUCAGCGAGCCAGCCAAAAAUGAUCCAGAAGAAGAAGAGGUCGAGGAUUUGAAUAUUACGAGUUUAGAUCUAGAUAAUCUAAGUUCAUGGGAAUCAAUGUGUAAGGAAUCUGAUCAACGUGGCAACUUGGAAGCUGCACCUGACAAACAGAAUACUGAAUCUGCAAAUGAUUCACUUGUCGCCGAAGAAAAUUACGAAGAUGUUACACUCACGGAUUUUUCCCAAUUCGAUGGAGUCGAUGAUUUAUAUGAAAACACGUUAGAAUAUGAAAGAGAAUAUGUAAAUUAUUCGAGUAAAGAAGCUGAUACGUGUUGCACGGCGGUUCAGUGCCUUCCUAAAAAUAAUAAAUGCGCUGUUGUAAGAGAAACGCGUUGUUUAAAGAAGGACGAAAGAAGAGUUGCAUGUAAUAAGAAGAUAGAAGAAGAAUUGUGUGUUGCUCGAUAUCAGUUACAAUCUGAUCAUCGAGACUUAGAUGUUUACGACGUCGAUGAGACAGAAGAGUUUGAAACUCUAGAAUCAAUCAACCAAUAUUGCAACGAAAAGAAGUGUAAUUGCGAACAAGAUUUAAAAUUAUGUGUUCAAAAAAGAAAACCAUCUAAACUUCCUAUAAAGUUUCCAUUGUUAAAUACUGAUGGGGCUACAAUUACUGAUUCCAGCGAUUCUGAACUCGAAAUCGAUGUUACAAUCGAAAGAGAGGAGAAGCGUAUAUGCGCUUAUAAAUCUGAUAAAAACACACCGCAAGGCGUGGUUCAAGAUACACCAAAGAAAAGGAAGCUCGAGUUGAAAAACGAUGAUCACGAGUCACCUGGUAAACGGACGAAUACUACUGUUAAAACGCCAAGAAGACGAUAUAAUUCACCAGCCAAAACGCUUCGAAGUCCACAGUUAUCAGGAAAUUACUCGCCUCUUGAUAUUAUUAUUACAUCUCCGAAAAUUAAUCGAACUGCUACUCCACAGUGUGAAUCUCCCAAAAGGAAACAUUAUGUACCAAUAUCCGAUGUGCCUUCCACUUCUUCUACUACACCGAAACGUAAAACACAUCCGUUGCGUGUGAGCUUACUUCGCGAUAAACGCGUAAACAUGGAUUCAGAAAAUAAUAUCAAUAAUGAGAAGUCGGUGAAUGAAACAGAUAUUGUCCAGGCUACUGAUUACAUAAAUACUGUAAAAUCUAAUGAAACAAUAGUUUACGAAUCAAUACCAGAUGAAGAACAGAAAAGAACGGAAAAUAGCGAGCAUUUAUUAGUUAAAAAAAGCAAGGAGGAGGUUCGAAAGAGAUUGUCUUUCUUGAACGAUGAGGUAGAAGACACUUUCGCAGAAUCAGAUCAUCAAACGAAGCGGCCUGAAAAUUUAAUCGCAUCUGGUCAAUUGAUUGAUCAAGCACAGAUAUGUGCGAUUGCAUUUCCUCUUAAAAUGAAAAUGAAUUCCAAUGAAAAUGAUGAUGACAGUGUUUCGAGUAGUCAGUGCACACAAAGAAGUACCGAUACAUCUCCCGAAAGAAAUUACACGUCGAAUAUGCAUAACUUGGCGAAAAUAUCCAAGAAAUCUCACGAUAUCAUUCCUGAAACUGAUCUCGAUGAGGAUGAUGAAGAUGCAUGCAACGUAACUUUCACCCAACAUAUCAACCAGAAGAUGGAGGGCGAUAGUCAGAGCGUUUCGUUGGAAAGGACUAGUUGUCCAUCGCCAAAGAAUAAAUUAAUCACAAUCACUACAAAGUACAAGCCUCCUACUUCUGAAAGAAUUCUAGAAAGUAUGACGUUGUACGGCAUUCCGAAGUGUCGAUGGCAGAAGCCAUUUUUCGGCAAUAAAUUCGAUCUCGCGAAACAGAAGGAAUCUUUGAACGCGAAUACUUCGUAUUUUGACGUGCCUGCGUUCAAGUCGAGUUUAGACGACAUCACGAGUAUCAAGCUGUGGCGAAGAAUGAAAGUCAACGAGUUUCAUCCAUCUGGCGCGAGUAUAAAGACUUGCCACAUCAAGCGUACUCUUGCAGGAUGUUAUUCAUUAACAAUUAAACCACUCGCGACACCGCCGUCUUCUAAGGAUGUUAAAAAUUGGGUGAGAGCUAAAAAAUAUCUAGCAGAGAAAAAUAAUGUUAGAUCACACAAGCGGGAUAAAGAAGACGCAUCAAAUAUGCAGCAAAACAUACAGCCGUCAGUCGAUGAAAGGAAAGAAUUACAGCGACGAAUAUCCACUGAUUCGUCAAGUAAUAAUUCAGAUAGGAAGGAGUCUGAUUCAUUAAUGCUUCAGCAAAGUGUGCUCAGCGCGAUGUCCGAUAAAACUAGAAGAUCCGAGUUUACGCAAAAUUCUGAUAAGACGUCCAGGGUCAGUUUAAAUCCUUCUUUACAAAAAGCAUUGGAAAAUUCGUUACUGUAUAAGGAAAAUAAAACGCAAUUAGGCGUUUCAUACGGUCAAAUCGAAUGUUUAUCUCGAGGAAGUUACAGUAAUGCUUCGAACGAAAAUCUUCAAAAUGCUAGAGCGAUAACUGUGCACCAACAUCUAACAUUAUUGGUUCUCGAAGUGCAUGCUGUUACUCGGGAUGAUCUCCUUCCUGACCCGCAACUUGAUUCUAUCGCCGCUUUAUUUUAUGCAGUUUACAACGAUGUGUCUACAGACGCCAGUGAACACGGCGCUAUAAUUGUAAACUCCAGUCCUAUAAGCGCACGACUUAAUAAGAUCCAUUCUGCGAGCGCGAUGUGUCCAAUAUUAUACGUUUUAACAGAACAGGAUGUGUUCGACAACCUCGUGAAAUUAAUUGAGCAGCAUAAUCCAGAGAUUCUACUCGGUUGGGAAGUGGAAACGCUUUCAUGGGGUUACGUUUUUCAGAGAGCGCAUCAUCUUGGUCUUAACAAUUUUCCAUUAAAAAUUUCAAAAGUCCCACAUAUACAGAUAUCCUCCAAAUUCGAUGCUCAUACGUUUGACAAAGACGACGCGGGCGAGAUUAAAGUACUUGGUCGCAAUAUCCUCGACGUUUGGCGAAUUAUGAGACACGAAGCCGCAUUGCUGACGUAUACUUUUGAGAACGUUAUGCAUCAUGUUUUGCGCGAAAGAAUCCCAUGCUUCUCCUUCAAGACGUUGUCCACUUGGUGGAAGCACGAGAGUAUGGUGGUGAAAAGCAGAGUCAUACGUCAUUAUACUGUCAGAAUUCUUGGCACUCUCAAGCUCUUGAAUCACUUGGACAUUAUAGGACGCACAUGCGAACACGCACGUCUCUUCGGUAUCCAAUUUUACGAGGUGUUCUCGCGCGGCUCGCAGUUUCGCGUCGAGUCCAUGAUGCUCCGAUUAGCGAAGCCUAUGAACUAUAUCCCGAUCUCACCUUCCAUGCAUCAGAGAGCCAGAAUGCGAGCGCCGGAGUGUCUGCCGUUGAUUAUGGAGCCCGAAUCCAAGCUUUACACCGAUCCGUUGAUCGUACUCGAUUUCCAAAGUUUGUAUCCGAGUAUGAUCAUAGCUUACAAUUACUGCUUCUCCACCUGCCUGGGAAGAAUAGAACACGUAGGCCAAUACGGACCGUUCCAGUUUGGCGCAGCGACGUUGAGAGUAAACAAGAAUACCGCGUUGAAAUUGCAAGACAAAAUGAACUUCUCGCCUUGCGGCGUAGCUUUUGUGAAAAAAGAGGUGCGUCAGGGAAUAUUGCCGCGUAUGCUGGCGGAAAUUUUAAAUACGCGGCUGAUGGUGAAGGAAUCCAUGAAGCUGUACCCAGCGGAGAAUCGCGCGCUGCAGCGCGUUCUUCAUUCGCAGCAGUUGGGUCUCAAGUUAAUCGCGAAUGUCACUUACGGCUAUACGUCUGCCAACUUCAGCGGCAGAAUGCCGUGUAUUGAGAUAGGCGAUAGCGUGGUGAGUAAAGGACGAGAGACGCUGGAACGCGCGAUUAAACUGGUGGAAUCCACGCCGAAAUGGGGCGCCCGAGUAGUUUACGGAGACACGGAUUCGCUGUUUGUGCUACUGCACGGAAAAUCUCGGGAAGAAGCGUUUACUAUUGGCGAGGAGAUCGCGGAUGCUGUCACCGCUGCCAAUCCUCCGCCCAUCAAGCUUAAAUUUGAGAAAGUUCUACAUCCGUCUAUUUUACAAACAAAGAAACGAUACUGCGGACAUAUGUACGAGACUCGCGAUCAGGAGAAGCCUGAAUUCCUGGCGAAAGGAAUCGAGACGGUUCGCAGAGACGGAUGUCCCGCAGUUUCUAAAAUACUUGAGAAAGCUCUUAAAAUUCUAUUUGACACGAAGGACGUUUCUCUGGUGAAGUUGUACAUCACCAAGCAAUUUGACAAGAUCUUCCGCCGACGCGUAUCCAUACAAGACCUGACGUUCGCGAAGGAGUUUCGCGGAAUGCGUGGAUACAAGGCGAACGCUUGCGUGCCGGCGUUAGAAUUGACUCGCAGAUUGCUGAAGAAGGAUCCACGCGCUGUGCCGCGCACCAGCGAGCGUGUGCGCUACAUCAUCGUCGCCGGUGCACCGAAUCAAGCGCUCAUCCAUUGCGUCCGCACGCCGAUGGAGGUUAUCUCCGACCCGGCUUUAAUCCCGAAUUCCGUGUACUACAUCACCAAAGUUAUCAUACCGCCCCUCAAUCGCUGCUUUAAUUUAUUCGGAAUCGAUGUCAACACGUGGUACAAAGAAAUGUCUCAUCGUUCAAAUUUUGAAAAUAUCGUGCAUGUGAAAGGAAACAAUCCGAAAUCUACUAUCCGUCAGUUCUUCAGAUCUGUUGCGUGCAUUGUUUGCGAGGAACAAACUACCAAAGAAGUUUGCCCAGAAUGCCUUUUGCAACCAAGCCGAACCAUUCUUGUGCUUCUUGAAAAGAUAAAACAGCUGGAAAGAAAUCAUCAACAGAUCGCUGCUAUUUGCCAUUCUUGCAUUGGACGUGUAGGGGACAUAGAAUGCAUAUCUUUGGACUGUCCCGUUUUAUACCGAAUGUCUCAAGCUCGCAAAGAACUUGCGCAAGUUCCUCAUAUGAAUAAUAUUAUUUAUAGACACAAUUCCAGUGGAAUCAACAAAUUGAACGCCGUUGCCGAGUGGUAUUGA